ACGGGGCUACUAUAAAUGAAGAAAUGAGUGUACCAGUCGUUUCAGGAGAUCUAAACUGUUCCCCAACAGAAGUUCACCAUGAAGUUCCUAGCUCUUUUAACGGUUUGCGCCAUUGGUGCUCUACGAAUUGAUGCAUAUGCAGUUGAAAGGGCAACAGUCACCGAUGCUGAGCUCCAGGCUCUUUCCCAGCAGCUCCACAUCGAUGACGUUAACGCUGUCCAGGGUAUUGUCCUUAACAUGCAAUCAACCACGACAUCCGGAAGCACCACAGACAAAGCUCCACUACCGCUAUUUACGAGUGUUCCGGCUGAUGCCUUCUCCGGACCGACCAUCAGCGCUCUGUUGGCUCUUUUCGACAAUUACGACGAGAACUGCAAAGUGACUGAAGUGAUCACAGCUGCAGAGCAGACCGAAAACGAUGCUUUCUUGGACGCCAUUCUGGCCACUAGUGUUUUUCAACAAGCCCACGAAUUCCUUGUUUCCAAAGGAUUGGCUGAUGCGGAUAUCGCCGUCUUCAAGGAGUACUUGCGUCUCAUCUGGAUGGGCCAAUACAAUCGCGGUGGGGGAAUUGAAGGCUCUUCCGGACUGGAACACGUCUUCCUGGGAGAAAAGAACGGAAACAGCAUUUCCGGAUACCACGGAUGGAUCAAGUAUUAUCGCGACGAAUUGGCCGGAAAGAUGAACUACCUGGGCUACAUGACCAAAAUCGAUUUGGGCGUGAGCUCCGUCGUUGAAAUGCCCAUGAACUGGGACGGCAUUUACAAAUCAAUCAGUUCCAUCUCUGUGUCUGGCAGCCCCGAAAUCGAAUUGGCCCUGGCCACCGUCUGCUUCCUGUCCAGACCCAACGCCAAGUGCCCACUCCUCGGCGCUGAUGGCACACCCUACGCUUACCAAACUUACACUUUGGCGUAUAAUGGAAAUACCUAUGUUGGCAGCGCUUACCCUACCUAUUAAAUUUAAUUUACCCACUGACCAAAACCCAAACUAUCAUCACCUGCCGGUAUUUAAAUUUUAUGCAAGCCUUCGCCAUUGGCUUAUCUUCAAGAAAUAUACUAGUAUGCGUAUUGCUAUAA